AUGGGAUUCGCCACGCAUGACACUUCUUCCCAGAGACUCUUGAUCACUGGAGUCACGGGCUUCAUUGGCUUCAAAACCUUGCUCGUCGCUCUCGAAAGGGGAUACGCUGUUCGCGCCGUCGUCCGACAUGACCGACACAUCUCAGAGCUUGCGGCUAAGAGUCAACUCAUUUCCGAGGCACAUGAGCAAGAGACUCUGGACUUUGCCGUCAUUCCUGACUUUCUGGCCUGUGACAAGUGGCCCGGAGUUCUAGAGGGAAUCACGAGCAUCAUCCAUAUCGCAUCCCCGUUGGCGCGCGAGGUAGGCGCUCUCUUGUUCCCAUCGCUUGACCAUACAUACAUCUUUACAUGGCUCACACAGCACAAUCAGAGUGAAGACUAUGAGCAAGACAUUGUAAAGCCUGCCAUCUCCAUGGUAAACACUGUCCUCGAAGCAGCUGCCAGAGUCCCUUCUAUUCGGAGGGUCGUCAUCACCUCUUCUUGCGUCACAUUGAUCCCUUUUGAGUGGAACUUUACCCCCGACAGCGAGAGACUAUACACUGUGUCGGAUAUCAACUCCCACCCCAAGAAGCCCUACGGCAGCGCAAUGGAAGCCUACUGGGCUUCAAAAGCCUACGCAAGACUUGCGACACGAUCCUUUGUCGAAGCCAAGCAGCCACAGUUUGACUAUGUCCACCUGCUUCCCUCUGUCGUAUUCGGCCCUGACGACCGUAUCCCCCCAGAUGGCGCUGCUGAAGAACUCUUAAAGGACAGCCGGGCUGCAGUCAUUGCUCCGGCACUCGACGGCUCGACAAACUCCCCGUUUCCGUUUGUCGGCGUGCCUGUCCACGUUGCCGACGUGGCUCGCGCCCAUGUCGAUGCAGUAGACAGCACACGAAUCCCAGGAAACAGCGAGUACAUUACCAGCUCCGACACGCCUGAAGGCAUUGUCUGGGACAGAGAUGCGGCAGCUGUGGCCAGAAAAUACUUUCCGGAAGAGGUCGAAAGCAAGGUGCUACCGCUUCAAGGGACAUUGCCGUGUAUCAAGUUUCGACUGGACGGCGCCAGCACUGAGAAGGCGUUUGGGUGGAAGUUUACGAGCUUUGAGCAGACGAUGAGGGAGCUGCUUGAACAGUAUCUGAGGCUCAAACGCAAUGCCACAGCAUAG